AUGAAUCAAAGUGAUAGAACGCCUUGUGUUCGAAACAUUCUGAUCGGUAACGUACUGGGCACGAUUGGAAUAUUGAACCUGAUUAUUGGUCUGAUGGGAAUUUCCAUUUGGACAGUCUACCUACUGAGUAAGAAUAAUUCCAGAAAGUCGCCACAGGGACAAACCGCUCGAUUAAUCAAUGGUGCGGCAGAAACUGCCACGGAAGACACAGAAGAACAUGUGAAAACUGGUUGGCCUACUUGUGCACUGAGGCCAUCAUCAAAGUUAUUUCUACUGUGUAUUUUUAUGUCAGAUCUACUAGGGCUCUGUACGAGUAACUUUCGCUUCACCGUCCUCUGUUUGGUGGGAAAAGACGUGCGACUGAUGUGCGGCGAGUGGUGUUGUCGAGUGCAACUUGUGUUGGCCUACAAUGCCGGUGACCUUUCAGCUUGGUUCGCAGCCAUUGUCUGUGCCGAACGUUUCCUGAUCAUGCUUCUGCCCACAUCAACCUACACGCGAAAUUUUUCAAGGAUCUUCCCUGCCCUCAUAAUCUCUGUUUCCAUGGCUCUGCUCACAUUCCUAACCAACUUAUUUCUUCUUAUUCCAAGUGAGCCAGUAUGUAACGGUUCGUACACAAAUUUCUCGAUAAUCGUAUUCAAAAUGAUCUACGCUUCUGUACUUCCAUUUGUGAUUGUUAGCGUCUCCACGACCGGCUCAACUGUUAUCCUAUUGCGUCACUGGCAUGGCACACGAAAGAAGAACCAAAACCGCAAGUCGAAAAUGGUCACCAAGGGCAUGAUGGCUUCACAGUUGAUGUUGGUCACGGGAAUAAUUUUCCUUGCUGGAACGUUACCUGUGUUUGUGAACAACUUGGUAAAUCCUUAUUGCUGCAUUCUGACCGCACCGACAAAUUGCACGUUGGCCGAUUAUCGAUUUAAUGCCAUAUGUUUGGCGUAUUGGACAACUGUGUGUUUACGCACCUAUUUGUUGAUCAUGAUCUCUGGACAAACACGCCAAGAUAUCAAACAGCUGAUAAGUCAGAUUUGUAGUCACGUGAUCCAGCGGCUUCACUGA